AUGUCCGCGCUGUUCAACUUCCAGUCGCUGCUCCUCGUCCUGCUCCUCCUCAUCUGCACGUGCACCUACGUCCGCGGCGCGGCGCCAAGUAUCGUCGACCGCGAAAGAGAAGGCUUCCUCGGCCUGUUCUGGAAGUGCGCGCGGAUAGGCGAGCGCCUGUCGCCGUACGUCUCGCUCGCGUGUGUCAUCAUGGCUGUCAUGAUCAUGUUGGGGAAGUAG